AUGGAGCCUCGACUAUCCAUAGUUUGCUUCUACAGUGUGGAAAAUAAUCUCCAAGAACCUUCUGAAGCUCAGAAAUCUACAGAUGUUUCACCAACAACCAUAUAUCCUCAGAUUAAUGCAAAUACAUUAUCAACAUCCUUCAAUCCUCGAGAAAGAAGCAUAGAUCACGGAAGCCCCUCAGCAGCUACAUCCCCAGCAGAGCAUGCGACCUAUUUUCCAGACGAAAAGAUUCUCAUAACAGAGAGUAAUGAUAAGCAGUGUGUUCAAGAACAGCAAGUCCCAGCUACUGCGCCUCCAGUACCAUUACCACCUCGGUACUGCAAACCUGAAGUUCAAGCUCGGCCUAAAUCUGAACAAAAGCCUUUCUGGAAAAGACAUCUGUACUGGAUACUGGGGAUUAUAACCUUGUUAAUGAUUCUUAUCUCAGUUAUAGCCGUCGUGUUAGCUCGUCUCAAACCCUCAGAUACCAAACCAAUAGAGGCAAUUCGUAACAAUACACGCAAUAGUGUAGCCAGUACGGGUCUGACUCUUCUUGAUAACAAAACGUGGAAUAUGCAUGUUUUUUCACAAAAUUCGACUGGUCAAAUAGCACUCCAGGUUAGUCUGGAUGGCAAAACUUUCGAGCCUCCGACAAAUGUAUCAUUGACAAUUCCACCCAGAGUGGGAUCACCUAUCUCAGCUACAGCGGAGCAAGAUUCGCAAACACACGUUAUUAUGUUGAAUCUUUUCUACAUUUCAGGAAUUAAUAAUGUGACCAUGUCUGCACUAACAUGUGCGGAAGGAUCUGCUAAAUGUGGCACAAUCAACAAUUGCCUUCUCCCGACUGCUAUACCUGUUUCCCAUGAGACCGGACUAGCUGCAGUGAACGUAAAUAAUUCUCAAGAUUGGCGUGUCUACUACCACGAUCAAUCAGGGUUUAUAUCUCAGCUUCAGGGCAACGCGUCUGGCUUUAACUUGGGAAGUCGCAUUGGCGGUGAAGGUCUAAAUGGAAGUGAUAUCACUGCCGUGAAUAUUGACAGUACCACAAACAACAUCCACGUUUUCUACACGGAUAUGCUUACUCAGGCGUUAUUUACCCUUCAGUAUCAAAAACAUUGGACUACUCCUCGCCCCGUAUCCAAUGCUCGGGUUGCUAAUUGGAAUCCUUACUCUGGCUUUGGUUCUGCCUACCGACCUUUUUCGGACCAGCUACAUGUUUAUUACACAGGGCUUGAUAAAGGCAUUUACGAAUUUGUCCUUAAUGGUACAGAUGCUACAGAUACCUCGUUUCAGCCUCAGCCGGAUGGAACGCGUCCCUGGGGCGAAGCUGACUACGUUGGAGCCGAUAUAACGGCUGUUGGCUGGAAGGAUCAAAUCCGCUUCUUUCAACCCGCUCGAGGGCGGCUGGUCAUGGGAGAGUUGAAUGAUACCACGUGGGGUGAGGUUUUUGUGGAUAUGAUCACGACGGGGUCACAGAUCAUGGCAUAG